AUGCCUCCGCGGCCCUCUUCCGGAGAACUAUGGGGGAUGCACUUGAUGCCCCCCAGCAUCCUAGUGGAUUGCCUGCUGCCAAACGGCAUGAUCCUCACGUUGGAGUGCCUCCGGGAGGCUACGCUCAUUACGGUCAAGCACGAGCUCUUCAAGGAAGCCAGGAAGUACCCCCUCUACCAUCUGCUGCAGGAGGAGAGCUCCUACAUCUUCGUCAGCGUCACGCAGGAGGCCGAGCGCGAGGAGUUUUACGACGAGACCAGGAGGCUGUGCGAUCUCAGGCUCUUCCAGGCUUUCCUCAAAGUUAUCGAGCCAGUGGGCAACAGAGAGGAGAAAAUCCUCAACAGAGAAAUAGGCUUCGCCAUCGGAAUGCCCAUAUGCGAGUUUGAUUUGGUGAAGGACUCCGAAGUGCAGGACUUCAGAAGGAACAUUUUAAAUGUUUGCAAAGAAGCCGUGGACCUCAGAGACAGCAACGGCUCCCACAGCAGAGCGCUGUACGUCUACCCGCCUAACGUGGAAUCGUCCGCAGAGCUUCCCAGGCAUAUCUACAAUAAACUAGAUAAAGGCCAGAUUAUCGUGGUGAUCUGGGUCAUCGUUUCUCCCAGCAACGACAAGCAGAAGUACACCCUGAAGAUCAACCACGACUGCGUGCCCGAGCAGGUGAUCGCCGAAGCCAUCCGGAAGAAGACGCGCAGCAUGCUGCUCACUCAGGAGCAGCUGAAGAUGUGCGUCCAGGAGUACCAGGGGAAGUACAUCCUCAAAGUCUGCGGCUGCGACGAGUACUUACUGGAGAAAUACCCCCUGAGUCAGUACAAGUACAUCCGCAGCUGCAUCAUGCUGGGAAGGAUGCCCAACCUGAUGCUGAUGUCCAAAGAGAGCCUGUAUUCCCAGCUGCCCAUGGAGAACUUCACCAUGCCGUCGUACGCCAGGCGGAUCUCCACGGCGACGCCCUACAUGAACGGCGAGACGGCCACCAAGUGUCUCUGGACAAUCAACGGGACGCUGAGGAUCAGGAUCCUCUGCGCUACCUAUGUCAAUGUAAACAUCAGAGACAUAGACAAGAUCUACGUCAGGACUGGGAUCUACCAUGGUGGGGAGCAGCUGUGUGACAACGUCAACACUCAGCGCGUUCCCUGCUCUAAUCCCAGGUGGAACGAGUGGCUGACCUACGACAUGUACGUCACAGAAAUCCCCAGAGCCGCUCGACUCUGCCUCUCCAUCUGCUCCGUCAAAGGAAGGAAGGGAGCUAAAGAGGAACAUUGUCCCCUGGCCUGGGGCAACAUCAACCUGUUUGACUACACACACACGCUGGUAGCGGGGAAAAUGGCUCUCAACCUGUGGCCUGUCCCACAUGGCCUGGAGGAUCUGCUCAACCCCAUCGGUGUCACAGGCUCCAACCCCAACAAGGAAACCCCUUGCUUGGAGCUGGAGUUCGACCACUUCAGCUGCCCAGUCAAGUUCCCCGACAUGAGCAUGAUCGAGGAUCACGCCAACUGGAACAUUUCCCGGGAGCUCGGCUUUAAUUACUCACACCCCGGCUUGAGCAACAGGCUGGCACGAGACAAACCCCUGACUGAGAGCGAUAAUGAGCAGCUGCGCCAAGUGUGUAACCGGGACCCUCUGUCUGAGAUCACUGAGCAGGAGAAGGACUUUCUGUGGAGUCACAGACAUUACUGCAUCAACAUCCCAGAUAUCCUUCCCAAGAUCCUCCUGGCUGUGAAGUGGAACUCCAGAGACGAGGUCGCGCAGAUGUAUUGCCUUCUCAAAGACUGGCCUGCCAUUAAGCCAGAACAAGCCAUGGAGUUGCUGGACUGCAACUUCCCCGACCCCAUGAUCCGAGAGUUCGCCGUGAAGUGCCUUGAGAAAUACCUAACCGACGACAAACUGUCGCAGUACCUCAUCCAGCUGGUCCAGGUUCUGAAGUAUGAGCAGUACCUGGACAACCCGCUCGCACGCUUCCUGCUGAAAAAGGCUUUGACCAAUCAGAGGAUAGGACACUUCUUCUUCUGGCAUUUAAAAUCAGAGAUGCACAACAAGACGGUGAGCCAGCGCUUCGGCCUUCUGCUGGAGUCGUACUGCCGGGCGUGCGGCAUGUAUCUGAAGCACCUGAGCCGGCAGGUGGAGGCCAUGGAGAAGCUCAUCAAUCUCACCGACCUGCUCAAGCAGGAGAAAAAAGACGAGGCGCAGAAGGUCCAAAUGAAGUUUCUGGUCGAGCAGAUGAAGAGGCCUGACUACAUGGAUGCACUACAGAGCUUUACCUCUCCGCUCAACCCGGCACAUCAGCUGGGAAACCUCCGCCUGGAGGAAUGUCGGAUGAUGUCAUCGGCAAAGCGACCUCUCUGGCUGAACUGGGAAAACCCGGACAUGAUGUCCGAACUCCUCUUCCAGAACAACGAAAUCAUCUUCAAAAAUGGAGACGAUCUGAGGCAGGACAUGCUGACGCUGCAGAUCAUUAGGAUAAUGGAGAACAUCUGGCAGAACCAGGGCCUUGAUCUCAGGAUGCUGCCGUACGGCUGCCUGUCUAUCGGCGACUGCGUGGGGUUGAUCGAAGUGGUGAGGAACUCUCACACCAUCAUGCAGAUCCAGUGCAAAGGAGGCCUGAAGGGGGCGUUGCAGUUCAACAGCCACGCUCUGCACCAGUGGCUCAAGGAUAAGAACAAGGGGGAAAUGUACGACCAGGCCAUCGAUCUGUUCACCCGGUCGUGCGCCGGCUACUGCGUGGCCACCUUCAUCCUCGGCAUUGGAGACAGACACAACAGCAACAUCAUGGUGAAAGAUGACGGACAGCUGUUCCACAUCGACUUCGGCCAUUUCCUCGACCACAAAAAGAAGAAGUUCGGGUACAAGAGAGAGCGGGUCCCGUUUGUUCUCACGCAGGACUUCUUGAUCGUCAUCAGCAAAGGAACGCAAGAGUGUACAAAAACCAGAGAGUUCGAAAGAUUCCAGGAGAUGUGCUACAAGGCGUACCUGGCCAUCCGGCAGCACGCCAACCUCUUCAUCAACCUGUUCUCCAUGAUGCUGGGCUCGGGCAUGCCAGAGCUGCAGUCGUUCGACGACAUCGCCUACAUCAGGAAGACCCUGGCCCUGGACAAGUCCGAGCAGGAGGCGCUCGACUACUUCAUGAAGCAGAUGAACGACGCCCAUCACGGCGGCUGGACCACCAAGAUGGACUGGAUCUUCCACACCAUCCGCCAGCACGCCAUGAACUGAGAGGACUCCGUUUCCUUCCCAAAGCCACGUGAAGGUCUGGUUAUUGCCGCCGAGCUAGACGACAAAAACAAAGGUGCUUAAAAAACCACCCAAAAAAGUCUGCAUUGAAGACAAAACGCCUAGAAGCAUCUAUUAAUCCAAGUCAAGAUAUUCUUUCCCCUUAAUAAUGACUUUGAGAAACAACGGUGACGUUUCUCAUAUGAACAGAAUGAGCGGAGAGGACCUGAACGGCGCCAAUCUUUAUAUAUAUAUAUUAUGUACACAUACAGACACAAAAGAAUAUUUUCUUACUUUUUAUUCCUUCCCGUACAUCUCCAACCAUCGGCCGGAGCUUUCCCUGAAGACGACCUGACUGAACCGUUUUCUACUACCUUGUUUUGAUGAAGGCGACCUCCGACCCCCGAAAAGGACAGAACGCCUCUUGGUUUACGACGCGGAGGAACCGUCAACAACACUCAACGAUCUGUGGUCUGAAAAAUUUCACGUUUCCUGCAGCACACUACGAGACUGAACCCGGAACUCGUCGGCGAGCGCGCCGCGUAACUUGAGUUUUCUACAGCACUAUAUCUUUGCUUAUAUGCAUUUGGUGCACAUAUUUCUAUAUAACAGAAUUUUCUACUGAGCCAAAGUACCAUAUAUAUAUAUAUAUAUUUGUGUGUGUGUGUGUGUGUUCAAAACCCCACUACAGAGCAGUCUUAUUUUAAUCAGCCUAAAAAAAUCCCAGUCACUACUAUUCCAUGUUUUGUGUGUACACAUAGCACUGAUCUCUGCAGUAUUUGUUUUGUCUGUCAGUAUUACCGUCACACCCACCCAGCAGAGCUAGAGGAAACCCCCCCCACAUCACCUAGCUCCAAUCAGAGUCUUCUCUUUUUUUUUUUUUUUGUCCAGCGUUGAAACAUAGGACGAAGAAAAAGAAAAAGUGUGUGUAAUGUUCCUUUAGCUUGAUGUUCUGUUCCACUAUGCAAGUUGUGGCUCUAACAUGCACUGUAUACUAGAAAAUGAACGAAAGCUCCCUAAGGAUACUCAGAACCGUGACGGUGAAGGACGGACAGACGGCUCGCCUCUGGGGGGGAGAGUAGAAGAAGCAAAACUGUUUCCCCGGAACACUAAAGUCUACUCCUACUUCCUCCCAGCAGAACGAACUGUGUGGAGGAAACGCUUUGGAACCCCGCCCCUUUUUGUUUCUCUCUUCCUCUUCGCCGAAGCCAUGUGCGUUAUUGUGCCUCAUUCUGUUUCUUUGUCUUCCGAUUUAGAAAGAAAGGUGACAUUCUCUGACGCUUUCAAGUAGGCAUGGGUGGAGUUAGGCGCCGCUCCUAAAAAAAGUUACAGAAAUGUUCAAAUGUUAAAGCUGCAGCAUGUUUUAAAAACAUGUCACUAUGUCGCAACAGUGUAAUAUGAGAGAGGUAAUCUGAAAAAAUGAAGCUCCUCUGUUUUCUCCAGGUAGCGAAUCAGAGCCAGGAGCAGGGCCUUGGUGCUGUCAAUCACCCUCGUGUAGGCUAGCUGUGCUAAUGGUGGAAAAACAACUUCCCGCUACAGAAAACUAUUCACCGUCACUGGUUAGCUGCUAGUUAGCUUUUACUCUACAGCUAGCCAGCUGUAGAGUAGCAGCGAGCAAGGGGGAAGGUUGUGAGCAGCGUGUACAAGAGUGUGAUUGACAUCACUAAGAUCCUCCUCCUGACUCUGGUUGGUUGUUUCUGACCAAGUUAUUUCUGCAGAUGACACUAUGACCACAGUUUUUUCCCCCAUUAUUUUCUGUCAUACUGUCAGGACAUAAAGACAUUUUUAACAAAAAUGUUUAAUAGAAGUCGGAUAAGGUCGUUUCAAAGUCCUUUGAAUGACUUAAAAGGUCCUUUUUAAGAGAUUUUAAAAAGGACCAUGAUUACUCGGGAAAACCACACGUUUGCCUGAGUGCUCUAGCCAAUAAUUACCGUGGCGACCUGAUACCAGCCCAUGUCUUACUUGCAAACCUUUCAUUUCCUUUCCCCCGGUGGAUCAGUCGGUCUCCACGCUUUUAGGAAGCUCCUCGUCUCCAACACGACGUCCUCUUGGCCUUUUCUGCUGCUCAGGAAGCCAAAGCCCAUCAUGGCGAAGCACGAUCCCGAAGCCCCUCUCCCUCUAAACGACCAUCUCCUGUCGUCUCUACGUUGUCGCGCACGAACUGCCCAGACAUGAAGUCCUCCCCCGGACCUCUCCCCCAAUUUUCUCGUCUGACGUCAUUUACUUGAAUUUCAUGUACAGAAACGAUCUCGUUACUCGUGUGAGGUACAGCCCGAAUGAAGGUAACAAGACGCUAUUACAUGUGCAAAUGCUUUCCUUGAAUAACUACAGAGGUAAUAUAUAUUUUUGUAUUUUUGAAAUGUAGACAAACUCAUGUAUGUAACCGCUAAAAGAAAAGAAACAAAGAACAAACAAACAAACAAAAAAAGAGGCAGCAGUGAGUUACCUUAUCCAGGCUCCUACCAAGUCCAGCUGCCUUCCUCCAUUAGUGGUGAGGACGGAGUGACUGACGGACAAGUUCUCAUGUACCAUCAUCUUCUCCUUGCCCCCUGAAGUGGAACUCUGUAAGCACAAAACGUUUUUGGAAGAACCAUACGUUGCAUGUUUUAAAGGAGACCAGAUUUUGGGUUUCUUCUAUACUCGCUCGUCUAGAACCCGUAGAGCUUUGGAUUACUUGCAUCAUGCAUCCUCAUAUGAUCAUGUCUGUUAAGAAACUAUACAUUCAUUUAUUGUGCUGUUGAAUAAAAAAAAAACAAAAACAUGCUUCCCUAA